AGGAAGUGCUCGCUUCGGAUUCUCCUGGAAGUGAAUCGAGGGGGCUGGGCCGGCUGGUGCUUCCCUCCUUCCUUGCUGGUGGUCUUGGCUCUGCUCCGGCUUUGCUUGCCCCCCCCCCACCGCCCCCGUGCUAGCCCCGCCGUCAUGUCCCAGUCGAGCAGACGUCUGGAGGAGAGGAGCAGCGGCAGCAGCGUCAAGCGGCACCGGAGCCACAGCGAGUCCUUGCCGGGCGGCAGCUCGAGCGGGGGCAGCAGCAGCAAAGGGCUGGAGCGCAAGGAGCAGAAGAAGAGGAAGCGGGAGGUCCAGCAAAUCCAGCAGAUCCAGCACCUGGAGUCCUUCUAUGAGAAACUUCCUCCAGGGCUGAUUAAGGAAAAUGAGACAAAACCAGAAGACUGCAUUCCUGAUGUGCCUGGAAAUGAAAAUGCACGAGAAUUCCUUGCACAUGCUCCAACCAAGGGGCUCUGGAUGCCUCUAGGGAAAGAGGUCAAAGUUAUGCAAUGCUGGAGAUGUAAACGUUACGGACACAGAACAGGGGAUAAAGAAUGUCCUUUCUUUAUUAAAGGCAAUCAGAAGCUUGAACAAUUCAGAGUAGCACAUGAAGACCCUAUGUAUGAUAUAAUAAGAGAAAAUAAGCGUCACGAGAAAGAAAUGCGGAUACAGCAGUUGAAACAACUGCUUGAAGACUCCACUUCGGAUGAAGACAGCAACAGUGAAAGCUCCAGUUCUUCAGAGAGUAAGGAAAAGCGCAAGAAAAAGAAAAAGAAGAAAGAGAAGAAGAAGAUGAAGAAGAAGAAAAAGAGAAAGCACAAAUCUUCCAAAUCAGAAAGAAGGUCAGAAUCGGACUGAGGAUGUGUGGCCAGCUUUGUGAAGUGUUGGGAGGCACCUAGAUCCUCCGGAGAGAGGUUUUGUGAUCGUUUGGAUACAAUCUGCAGGCAUGUUUACCUGCUCCGUGGUGAUAUUUUGCAAAUUGCCUUCUCACCGGAGUCUCCUGCUGUAUCUUUGCAUUGCAUUUCUCACCCACUUAAGAUUUAAAAACCAGUCUGAAGGCUUGGUGCAAGACCUGCUGUGAAAGAGAAUUGCCUCUAGUAUUCCCUGUGACUUUCCUUGUUAGGGGAAGUCUGCAGAUCCCUUUAUAUUCUUUCAGCCUCCUAAGAUGCUGAAAGCCAUUUGGCAGCAAGGUAUCUUGGGACCCAGGAUGAGAAGCAGGAGAGGAAUUGCCAGUAGGGAAGCUUGCAAAAACACUGCUGCGGUGUAUGCACAAGGACCCUCCGGGUCGUAGCUUAGGAGAAUAUAUGGAUGGACUCUAGUGUCACCAAAGUGAAAUCUCUGCUCUGUGGCACAUAGCAGGCUAAGGAAGGUGACAUCUGGCCAGCCAGAUGUUUGCUUUCUGCAGCAAAGGACAGCAGUAUCCAAAACGAGUAAGAUUUUGUGUGGAUUUCACACUGCAGAACCUUUAAAAAAGGGUGCUUUUUCAGCAUGAGAAACCGAUCUUUACUUCAGAGAAACUCAGGUAUGUACCCUGUAAUUCAUGGAGACAACUCAUGGCUACAAUUGUACUUGAAUGGAAAGAGAGUUAUAUAUCCAGUUUAAUUUAACUGUUGCCUGUGCAACUGAGUCAGAUUGGUUCUGUACGGUAGGAGGCUCCAUAAAACGCAUGCUUGCGUGUAACUACAGAAAAUAAUGGUGAUUGUCAGGCAUUUGGUCCAAGAGUAGACUAGCCGCUUACUAUACCAGGAAAGUUUGUGGAGGGCCUCUGGUGACCAGGAGAAAGAGCCAGGUCCCAGAAGUGCCAGUGAUACAGGAGCCAACGGGCUCAGAACUUUCAACGGCAACCAUGGCUGGUGCAGACUGACCAGUUCCCCCUCGCACAUGGCUACUGGGUGGCUUCUGUGUUAGAAGGACUUCCUUCUGGAUUGCAUUAAUAUCCCAAUUUGCCUUUUGCUUUGGUCAGCCCCUUCUAUGCAGCUGGUUGGCUGCACUUGGCUUAAAUUGUACAGGCUUUGCCAUUUGAAUGAUUGGCAGAUUGUAUGUCUUGUUCUGACAAGUUCAUUUCUGAGAACUCGGUGUACACGAUGCAGAGUUGUGUCCAGCCCUCUCCAUUAUGCCAUCGAUGGUGUUUACUGUGACAAAAUGAUGUAAAUCAAAAUCCAUGAACAGCCCAUUCCGUGAUGCCUUUUCGUGAGAUUGGCUUAGGCACCAUUCCCCCUAAAUCUUUGUCUGAAGGAGAAUGAAUUGGCAGAAAGGGGGACAAAAGAAGUCUUUGAGUGAAUAAUGUUAAUGCUGUGUUGCAGCUGAAUUAUACAAAAGCCUUUGGAUUUGAAUAAUCUUAACCAAUGCAAAAGAAACCUUAA